CAUAAAAGCACUGUUGUCAAUGAUUUGAAUUCAGUAGUAAAGUACGACGAUUUCUGAAUUAGAAUGGCUGUAGUUAAAGCAACCGCAAUUAUCUCUCUGUUUUUGUGUGUUUUAAGUUCAAACAUUAUCGCUCAAACAACAGACGGAAAUAAUUCCGGUGAAAGCACCCCUGUCUCUCUUCUGAAAAAUGUAGAAACAAAUUCUGUAUCAUCAAAUUCAGGAGAGGUCACAACACAAGCUUCAGCUUCAAGCUCUGUUUCGGUGUCAUCUAAUUCAGGAGAGACUCAAACAUCAAGCUCAAUAGACUCAACCACAUCGUCAUCUAACUCAGGCGAGGUAACAACACAAUCAACUGGUUCCAAUGUGUCAGAAAAGUCGAACUCAGGAGAGACACAAACUGUUGGUAAAGUUGAACCCAGCAUUGCAACUAUAGACACUACGACAGCGACAUCAAAUUCAGGCGAAGCAAAACCAACGGAAGCAGCUAUAGUUUCUACUGAACCAUCCACUCAAAAAGCUUCUUCUUACAAAACCGCAUCCAGAGUAACGAAUAAUCAUUCCAGCGAAAGUGAUGAAGAUUAAAGAUCUGCAAGUUAUCAAUACCUUGACGAAGACAAUUCUAUAUAAUAUUCAUACAUAAGUAAAUAAAAUACUAACACUUUAAAUUCAAUAAAUUCAAAAAUGAAUAACAAGAAAUAUACUCUACCUGAAAUGUGAAAUAUGUGAAAUACUGUGA